AUGAGUUCGUCAAGAGAUUCCAACGCAAGGAAUGUGGAUGGAACACAUCGUCCUAGGACGAACAUGGGCCAAGGGCACGCACGAUAUGAACGGGAUGCACAGUACCCCCCUAUUGCAUCCCAUGAAGCUCCCGGACUACCUCAAUACUCAUCCCCGACACGACAGCAUCCUCCAGCUGGCCGUACGUAUCAAGUCAGUGGGCAGAAUCAAACAUCGGCAUACCAGGACGGGUAUAGGGACGUCUAUGCGCCGUCCACCUAUACCGCCCAUCAGGGAAGUCAUGAUAUCCAUCAAUACGACGAGUAUGCUGGAGCAUAUAACCGCGCUGAUUUGCUCGGAUAUCAAUAUUCACCUGGGGACUCCUAUCAGAGGACUACCGAUUUUGUCGACAAUGGACAACAAAACCGUGCAGGAGGUCGUUUUGCAUAUUCGGACGAGGCCGAACAAAGUGGUAUGGAUAAUGCGGCUGAAGCAAUACAAGACUUUGACAGCCGAUUCUCUGGAACCAACAAUGCCAAUACUAUAGCUCAAGGAGCUCAAAGAGGCAACAUAUCGUCCACUCGUGCUCAGCGAAACAGACCCAAUUAUGCCUAUCCCGGGACCAUUGAUUAUCCCACACAGAACGGUGGCUCACGUACCCAACGUUAG